AUGGAAAUACCGCCAGACAAUACGGGCCGAGGGUAUCUAUCCCGGGUCAACGGGUUGAAGCACGCCUAUCCUGGCCUCAUCCAGCUGCUCAACAAGCAUGCUAAUUCCGCUGACCAGGGCCGCCAGGUGGUUGACUCCACGUACAAGGAGCACUAUGGCAGACCACCAGGGCGCUGUGCUGUUCUAGAGUUCACGGACAGCGGCGUCAGUCACGCGGAGUUUGACACUGCGCAAGAUUUGCGAUUGCAUUUCGAAGCCAUUCGAUCGCAACCCGCCGAGACAGGCGCCUGUCGUCUCUACGUCCUCGAAGAUCUUGAACCCGGGUUCGUUGAGAUACUCGGCGAAUAUGUGGGCGUUGAUCCGCACGUAUUUGCCGAGCAGAUGAAUACGUGGAACUUCACCGAUGUCGAGUCCGUCGGGCACCGUGCUCUGCCAUCGCUGACACAGCCUAGCAAGGCUUUGACUCUCCGAUAUUAUGAGUUCCGCUGCCUUGAUCCUCAGAGAAAGGACGAGAUCUCGGUUCUAGGAAACCAAAUGAGCUUUGCCGUGAAUCGGAGGCUCUACCAGCCAUGGUGCACCAUCGAUUGCCCCAGCAUGCCCAACGACGAUCCGCUGGCAUUUGUCCGACGCUGCGCAUCAUUCUGGACCUCUCAGAGCAAAGACCCCAACCCAAGCGAGGGCUGGAAUGCCAUCUUGUUGGUCGAUCCACCAUUGGACGCCUUGAAAGCGCCCUCUGGCCGAGAGUCGUAUAUCUUCAAAGGAGAGGAGUUCCGAAACCGCACCGAGUUGUGGUACGCCCGCGACGCGUGCCGUCUUUUCAGGCUGGGCAAAUUCCCCCACUUCAGCGAGCCAUACCACAAAGGCUGUCCGACCAUUUAUCCCUUGUCGUUCUGCUCUUCGAAGCGGCUCGCCACUGCGGAGCUGAUCGCAACCACUGGAGCACGACACGUCACUUCUCCCUUCGACGAGACCAUCUUCUACUGGGAGAAGCUGGCGGACCAGGAACAAAUCCUGGCUGUGAAAGAGCAGUCCGUCAAUGCCGCUCAGCACCUCCUCAAGUUCAUCGCAUACUAUUGGAUCCACACGUUAGAAGUGGUCGAACACACUCUUGCGCAGAGCGAGUACUUCAGCGACGACAACCCGGCCACCAAGCCCAAGCACAUGAGCACGGCCGAGUGGAAGCGCGAGUUCUACAAGGUCGUCGACACGAGCCAUAAGAUCAACUACUUCCGCCGGCAGAUGAUCUACUUUGAAAACGCCAUGACGUUGAACCUAGAAAGGCUGGGCACGUCUAUCGAUGGCAGCUGGGACCUCCAGUCGGGCACCGCUCCCCCUAGGUUGCUGGCCCAGGCACUCUGCGACGCCCACAAAGAUUUCAAGGCCCUGGCAAGCCGGCUCAGGCCACUGCUGACCCGAGCCGACAAGCUAUCGACCGUGGCUAACGAUAUCGCCUCGCUGCGGGCAGCGUUCCAGGCCAUCGAAGACAGCGCGACGGGGCUAUCGCUCAGCAUUCUAGCUACCAUCAUCUUUCCAUUCACUCUCGUAGCUUCCAUGUUCAGUAUGGCCGACGGUUUCCUGCCCGGGCACGACAAAUUCUGGGUCUUCUUCGCCGUCAGUAUUCCGCUCACCAUGGUCAUUUCUCUGGUCUUGGUGGUCGCAAGACAGUGGGACAGCUGGCGGGAUCAUAUUCUGCGCGCGGUGCAGCACAUGCCUAUGCCUAUCAAGAGGAGGAAAAGCCCGUUGGACCGAGAAGGCGAGGUCGAGGUCCAGCUUGAAGUCGUCCAAGGCAACUCAAAGUCCUGGCACCGUCGAGGCUUCACGCAUUGGACUAAUUAG